GGCGCGCAUCGAACGCGUGGAUGUCGUUGUGAACUCGCAUGUCAACUCAAAUUCAGGGACUACUUAAUUUUGCGAUAACUGUGACUAUGAACUUCGUCAAUCGAUGGAGGCUCGUGUACAUAUUCUACGUACUCCUCGCUUCGUGUCCUAUGUCGUCAGAGCGGUGAGCGUCUACGCACUUAGCCGCCGGCCGCCUGAAUCGACUGUGCAAGUUUUGUGACGCGAUAUCCCGCCUGAUCAUGGCUGGCGUCGAGCAGUGGGUCAGCGAUCAGCUGCACUCCAUUCUGGGGUUGAGCGAUCGCUAUGUCGCUCAAUUCCUCAUAAACAUGGCCCAGAAGAGUUCGUCUCGACAGGACCUCGUUGAGAAGAUACGUGACACGGGCACCAUUUCGGUUAACGACGAUGUCGUCGGAUUCAUGGGGCAGCUGUGGGACAAGGUACCACACAAGGAGCAACGAGAGAAGCCAGCUCGUGCCCGGGAACGAGCCGUUCAAGAACUGCUCGAGCAGAAUGCCAAGUACACAUUGCUUCCAGACAGUGACGAUGAAGCACCGUCAACGGCAGCCACUGCCAAGAAGAAAAUGUCGAAGAAAAGGCACCUGCGGCGGAAAGCAGACGACGGAAGUGACGAGGAGAGGCCUACCACCAGCAGUAGCGAAACCGGUGCAGGUGUGAAAGUGAAGCAGGAGCCGAACUGGGACUCCGAUCCAGAGGAUGAGCGGUUACGAGACCUCAAAGAGAGAGACGAGUUUGCGGCCCGGCUACGUGACCGAGACAAGGAGAAGACGCGCAACAUCGUUGAGCGCUCCGACAAGAAAGCAUUUGAGGAGGCAGCCAAGCGACUGAAACUGGAGGCUGAAGACCGGCAGCGACUUCUGCCUAAGCUGCGAGUCGAGUCGCGACGCCAGUAUCUAGAAAAGCGGAAAGAAGACAAACUGGUUGAGCUGGAAGCUGACAUUCAUGAUGAGCAGUUCCUCUUCUCAGAUGUAAAAUUGACCGAUCGUGAACGUAAGGAGUUGGAGUACAAGCAGAAGGUUCUGCAGUUGGCCAAAGAGCAUGACAAGGCACGGGAGCUGGAAAAAGUGCAGCGAUACCGCAUGCCCCAGGAACGCAAAGGCAAGGAUGACAUUGAGGAGUACGUCGAAGUGGAUGAGCGCGAGCAGGUGCCACAGGCAGAGCAACGCAAGUGGGAGGAGGAGCGAAUGGGCAUUGCCCGCAUGCGCUUUGGUGCAAGGGAUGCCAAGGAGAAGCACAAGGAAGAGACGUACGACCUCAUCUUGGAUGAUGCCAUUGAGUUUGUCCAAGCCCUCCGUGUACCAGGUACAAAGCACAAAGACAGCAAACCCGAGCCAGAGCUGAGUGAGCAGGAACGCAAAAAGCUGAGCAUUCAAGAGACACGUCGCAGCCUUCCCAUCUUUCCCUUCCGAGAAGACCUCUUACAAGCUGUUGCUGAACACCAGGUGCUGAUUAUUGAAGGUGAAACUGGCUCAGGCAAGACGACACAAAUUCCCCAGUACCUUUAUGAAGCAGGCUAUACAGCCGACAAGAUGAAGAUUGGUUGCACUCAGCCGCGACGAGUUGCUGCCAUGAGCGUGUCUGCGCGGGUCUCUGAGGAGAUGGGUGUCAAGCUGGGAAAUGAGGUGGGCUACAGCAUCCGGUUCGAGGACUGCACAUCUGAGCGGACAGUGCUGAAGUACAUGACGGAUGGCAUGCUUCUCAGGGAGUUCCUCUCAGAACCUGAUUUGGCCAGCUACAGUGUCAUCAUAGUGGACGAGGCACACGAGCGCACACUUCACACAGACAUCCUGUUUGGCCUGGUCAAGGACAUUGCACGAUUUAGGCCAGACCUCAAGCUGCUGAUCUCCUCAGCGACCCUGGAUGCUGAAAAAUUUUCUGAGUUCUUUGAUGAUGCACCGAUCUUCAAGAUUCCUGGUCGGAGAUUUCCGGUCGACAUCUACUACACCAAGGCUCCCGAGGCAGACUACCUGGAUGCAUGUGUGGUGACAGUCUUGCAGAUCCACAUCACCCAGCCACUGGGUGACAUUCUGGUCUUCCUCACAGGGCAAGAGGAAAUUGAAGCUUGCCAGGAAAUGCUCAUGGAGAGGACUCGGAAGCUGGGCUCCAAGAUCCGAGAGCUGGUCAUCCUGCCCAUCUAUGCCAACCUGCCCACAGAGAUGCAGGCUAAGAUAUUUGAACCGACACCUACGGGUGCUAGAAAGGUGGUGCUGGCGACUAACAUUGCAGAGACCUCCCUGACAAUCGAUGGCAUAAUCUACGUGAUUGACCCGGGCUUCUGCAAGCAAAACAGCUACAAUGCGCGCACAGGCAUGGACUCACUGGUCGUCACGCCCAUCUCCAAGGCAUCAGCCCGGCAGCGUUCGGGCCGCGCAGGUCGUGUGGCUGCAGGCAAGUGCUUUCGGCUGUACACGGCAUGGGCAUACGAGCAUGAGCUCGAGGAUAACACAGUGCCCGAGAUACAGCGGGUAAACCUAGGAAAUGUAGUGCUCAUGCUCAAGUCGCUAGGCAUCAACGAUCUGCUCCACUUCGACUUCCUGGACCCACCUGCUCAUGAGACAUUGGUGCUUGCCCUGGAGCAACUGUAUGCGCUCGGUGCUCUGAAUCAUCUGGGCGAGCUCACAAAGCUUGGCCGUCGGAUGGCGGAAUUUCCCGUCGACCCCAUGAUGGCAAAAAUGCUCAUUGCAUCCGAGAAGUAUCGAUGCUCAGAGGAGGUGCUCACCAUUUCUGCCAUGCUGUCGGUGAACAGCUCGGUCUUUUACCGGCCCAAGGACAAGGCCUUACAUGCUGACACGGCACGCAAGAAUUUCUUUUCUCCAGCUGGGGACCACCUGACACUUAUGAACGUCUACAACCAGUGGGUCGACACUGAAUAUUCGACCCAGUGGUGCUACGAGAACUUCUUGCAGCAGAGGUCCAUGAAGCGGGCACGCGACAUUCGUGACCAGCUGCAGGGGCUUAUGGAACGAGUCGAGAUCGAGCUGCUAUCCAACAGGGAUGACAGCGUUGCCAUUCGUAAGGCCAUCACGGCUGGGUACUUCUACCACACGGCCCGCUUUUCCAAGGGGGGCCACUACAAGACCGUCAAGCACCAGCAGACAGUCAUGAUGCACCCAAACAGCUCUCUCUUCGAAGACUUGCCCCGCUGGGUGGUCUAUUUUGAGUUGGUCUUCACCACCAAGGAGUUCAUGCGCCAGGUCAUUGAGAUUGAGAACUCCUGGCUGUUGGAGGUAGCACCGCACUACUACAAGGCCAAGGACCUCGACGACAGCACAACCAAAAAGAUGCCUAAGAACACGGGCAAGGCGAGAGCCGAGCUCGUGCGAGUCCACUGACCCCAGGAAUGACGUCAGCUUGUUCUCACCGCAUGACCAGUGGUGAUUGUGCACGGACAUCAUCUUUGAACUUGCACCUAAAGAUCAGUUAAUAUGUGAAUGAUGUGUUUGACUGAUGCAGUGGCCCGUGCUAGUUUUUGCACGUAAAUUUUAGAGCAUGGUGUAAUAAAUCACUACUAGCAAACAAGGACAACUGGAGGGUGUAAAGCUUUAGCUGGUGCACUGUACGAUCCUCGUUACUGUUGUGCGUGUGCUUGGACUAAAUACUCUGGACAUUUCUUUAUGGUGACUUAUGAUAAGCCCACUGCCAGUGAAUGACUGUGAAUACAUCAUGAACAGCAGUAGACUGUUGUUGUAUUGUGAACUUUGUUGUAUCGUGAACUUUGCGUGACUUUGCGUGACUUGGCAACACUCUGCUGUUGACUCUUCCAAAAGUGUGUAGAACGUCCUAGACUGGUGCACAGCCACAGUGGAACAAAACUUGUGCCUUUUCGAAGGCUUGUGAAUCUGUGCAUAACAUGAGUGGUGGUCUUUGUGCAGCACACUGAUUGGAUUUCAUUUUUACUGUACAUAUGGUAAAUAAGAGCAAUUUUUUUACUUCUGCAAA